AAGAGAAACCGCAGCCCCUGCAGGACGGGGGCCUGUGCGUCGCCAUGGGCUCCGCCGCGGCCCCCGAGGGAGCCCUGGGCUACGUCCGCGAGUUCACUCGCCACUCGUCCGACGUACUCGGCAAUCUGAACGAACUGCGCCUGCGCGGGAUCCUCACUGACGUCACGCUGCUGGUCGGCGGGCAACCCCUCCGAGCGCACAAGGCGGUUCUCAUCGCCUGCAGUGGCUUCUUUUACUCAAUUUUCCGGGGCCGAGCAGGAGUGGGGGUGGACGUGCUCUCUCUGCCCGGGGGCCCCGAAGCCAGAGGUUUUGCUCCUCUCCUGGAUUUCAUGUACACGUCGCGGCUUCGCCUCUCUCCCGCCACCGCGCCAGCAGUCCUUGCAGCAGCUACCUACUUGCAAAUGGAACAUGUGGUCCAAGCAUGCCACCGCUUCAUCCAGGCCAGACUGCUCACUCCCUCCCUAGGAAGUGAGUUUUUCAGCUGCCAGAACUGUGAGGCUGUAGCUGGGCGGUCAUCUGGACUGAACCCUUUGACUCCGGGAGAUGAGGACAAGCCCUAUAAGUGUCAGCUUUGCCGGUCUGCCUUCCGCUACAAAGGCAACCUGGCCAGUCACCGCACUGUGCACACAGGGGAAAAACCCUACCACUGCUCCAUCUGCGGAGCACGAUUUAACCGACCAGCGAACCUGAAAACGCACAGCCGCAUCCAUUCAGGAGAGAAACCCUACAAGUGUGAGACCUGCGGCUCGCGGUUUGUGCAGGUGGCGCAUCUGCGCGCGCACGUGCUCAUCCACACUGGGGAGAAGCCCUAUCCCUGCCCUACCUGCGGAACCCGAUUCCGUCACCUACAAACCCUCAAGAGCCACGUUCGCAUCCACACGGGAGAGAAGCCUUACCACUGCGACCCCUGUGGCCUGCAUUUCCGGCACAAGAGUCAACUGAGACUACAUCUGCGCCAAAAACACGGAGCUGCUACAAAUACAAAAGUGCACUAUCACAUUCUGGGGGGGCCCUAGUUGGGUCUCUACCCACGCUACUCCCCCUCAGGGGGCCAGAAAAGCUGCAGGUUCAGGCCUGGCUUCCCUAUAUGUCUUAUAUAGAAGUGUGCAGGACCACUCUGCUAUCAGAAACUGCUGCCACCUUAAUCUUUUGGUGGGGAGAGCAGGGGUUGCAGAUCCCAGCUAGAUCUGCCUCCGUUUUGCUGGUCAAAACCUCUUCCCUGCAAUCCAGAUUGUUUAGCUAGGGGCUGGGGGAAGGGAAAGGUUGCAGGCUCCACCUGCAGCCUGUAUCUCAUCUGGUUUAUUUGUAAAUAUAUUAUUUAUUAAGGGCUGUGGGUAGCAUCAGGACCUUCAUUCUGUUGCAUUUCCCACUUCUUCCACAAAUGGAAUCAAAUGACCUGAAACACAGAAGGUGAGGUCACAGCUCUGCUGGCAGAGAUUAUUAUCACUUGGCUUCGGUCCUUUGGCUUGAGUGUCUUGUAUUGUUAUUGUCAUAACUUUAUUUUUAGAGUUCUUUCUCCUAUUUGCUUGUUGGUUUGUUUAAAAUGGAAAUAGUGAUUCUCUGUGUCCUAUACCUCUAACUCUAGGUCUAGAGCCUUUAUUCUUUCUAGGGCAAGCCCUAGAGACAAAUAGUAUGGGUCAGGAACCCUUUCUGGUAUUCUGAAUAUUGCAACUUCUCUAGCAGGCUAGAACUUUUUCCAUCUUCUUCAAGGAUGAUAGGAAUGUUUGUGGUGAACCCAAAAAUGAAGAUCAUAAAUGCCUCCUGAAGCUUCACCUACCUAAGUGAAGGUUGGUUGGUAGUUUUUCUUGCAAGCUAGUUCAGAACGUAAGUGGUCCCUUUAAGCUGAUC